UUUCCCCCCCAAAACUCCCAUCAUGGGAAGCUAUUCUUCAUUCUUUUCUUUCUCUUCUCUUAAUCUUUUUGAUUCAGCCAAGAACCAUCUCUUUCAAAUCCCACUUAUUUCCCAAACUUGGGACUCAAAGCACCUUUCAGUUUAAAAGAAUAACGCGGUUUUAAAAGGUACAGAAACGGACAUUAAAACAGAGUAUUAAAGCUCCUCCUCACUCAUUAAAUGAACGAAAUGCCGUUAAAAGGACCAAAGCGCUUAAAAUCAGCGCAAGGCUCCCCUCCAGCUCCCUUUCUGAAAGACUGCCUGGUUUAGAGAGCCUGUCUUCAUUAAAAAUGCCUUGGCUUUGAUCUAGGUCUGUAACUUUUGAGUUUAAUUUUGUGUGGACUUGUGUGUUGUGUAUAAAGCCUUGUGUGUUUAUAUCCGCAGCUCUUUGUGAGGCCUAGUUGUAGUAGACCCAAACAACAAAUAGGAUUUACCCAGUGGGUUGAAGGAGUCUCUUUUAGACUCUCCACUCGGCAUGCGGGGUGUAAUUGUCGCAAUUAACACAACAGUUAUUACAGGUGGAGCCUCCUUAGCCGGAAAUCAGGGAAAUGCGCCAAAGAAUCCCAUCUCCAAGAUGUCUUAUUAUAUACAUACAGUGGGGUUUGGCUUCAGGAAACCCCUCCCUGAUGAUGCUAAAAUCUGUGGUUGCUCAAGUCCCAUUAUAUACAAUGGGGUAUUAUUAUUACAGUGCGCAUUAGGUAUCUACUGGGGUUUGGUACUUGGACCACCACCCCAUGGAAACCAAAACCCAUGGAUGCUCAAGUCCCAUCAUAUACAAUAGGAUAUUAUUAUUACUGUUACUACAGUGGGACCUUUGUAUCUGCUGAGGUUCUUGGACACACACACACACCCCGGAUCCUCAAAUCCCGUUAUAUGGAAUAGCAUAGUAAAAUGGUGCUCCUUAGACAAAAUCAAGGCUUACUCUUCAGAAUGUAUACAUUUCAAUCCUUGGAUGGUUGAAUCCGUGGAAAAGAAGCCCAUGGAUGUGAAGGGCCAGCUAUACACACAAAUUCCAUUUUUAAAUAAAAUCCAAAAUACAGAACAUUUAUGCAUAAGGGAGACUCUACUAGUAUAUAAAAAAGUAUAGCAAGUGUAUAUGCAUACCUAUAUGUUUUUAUGUAGCUUAAUUUAUUUUAUGGGAUGGUGUGCACCUUAGCACUAGAGGGCUUCAUAGGUCAUAACUAACAACUUGAAUUGUGCAUAGAAAUAAGUAGAUAGCCAAUGAAGUUGUUUCAACAGGGAAGUCAGAUGUUUCCAAUUGCCUGUAGACAGCAGUCUCUGCAUCACCAAGGUUUGGGGGAGCAAGGGAGGAUUUGUGGGGUGUCCAUGUCCCUAAAAGCUCCUGCUGCCUGUAGUCACCUUGUGGGAUCCUUAAAGGGUCCGUGCGACUCUGGUUGUAUUCCCAGGUACAGAGCCUUCCCCACUACUCCUCUGUAUGGAAGUGCAAGGAAUGCUUCAUUCUGUGUCUCAGAGGGGCACUGAAUCUGGGUUUCAGUCACAUUUUAAGUGAGCUAGCCACACUGUUAAGCUUGUUUUGGAGGUUUCCAGUCAACAUGCUGGGUAAUUCCUUUAAAAUUUGAAUGAUAAGUUAGAGCAGAUUCAUUCCCCAUUGAUUUGGGAGCUGCUGGUCUUCAUGGGGGGGAAAACAUGCACACUGCCUUCUAUGCUCCACUUUAAUCAAGGUGCUCUCCAACCAUUUUCUCUCCCCAGGUUAAAGAUGCAGGGCAACAAAGGCUUCGCUAUGGAGAAGCAAAACCAUACUCCGAGGAAGCAGCAGCAGCACCAGCAUCAACAGCAGCACCAGCAGCAACAUCAGCAGCAGCUGCAGCAGCAGCAACAGCAGCCGAGCCCAGCGAACGGGCAGCAGGCCAACAACCAAAAGCGAUUCUGUACCUUAUUCCCCUCAGAUGAAGGCCUGACGAUUGACUUGAAGAACUUCCGGAAACCUGGUGAAAAAACCUUCACCCAGAGGAGUCGCCUGUUUGUGGGGAACCUGCCCCCUGAUAUCACAGAGGAAGAGAUGAGGAAGCUCUUUGAAAAAUAUGGCAAGGCUGGCGAAGUGUUCAUUCAUAAGGACAAAGGCUUUGGCUUUAUCAGGCUGGAGACUCGGACUCUGGCUGAAAUUGCCAAGGUGGAGCUGGACAACAUGCCCCUGCGUGGGAAGCAGCUGCGAGUGCGCUUUGCCUGCCAUAGUGCCUCGCUGACGGUCCGGAACCUGCCCCAGUUUGUGUCCAAUGAGCUCCUGGAGGAGGCCUUUUCCAUGUUUGGCCAAGUGGAGAGGGCUGUGGUGAUCGUGGAUGACAGAGGCAGGCCAUCAGGGAAAGGCAUUGUGGAGUUUUCUGGAAAGCCAGCUGCUAGGAAAGCCCUGGACAGAUGCAGCGAGGGAUCCUUCUUGCUCACCACGUUCCCUCGGCCGGUGACUGUGGAGCCCAUGGAUCAGUAUGACGAUGAGGAGGGACUGCCAGAAAAGCUGGUCAUCAAAAACCAACAAUAUCACAAGGAGCGUGAGCAGCCUCCCCGCUUUGCCCAGCCUGGAUCCUUUGAGUAUGAGUAUGCCAUGCGCUGGAAGGCCCUUAUUGAGAUGGAGAAGCAGCAGCAGGACCAGGUGGAUCGCAACAUCAAGGAGGCCCGGGAGAAGCUGGAGAUGGAGAUGGAGGCAGCCCGCCACGAGCACCAAGUCAUGCUCAUGAGGCAAGACUUAAUGAGGCGCCAGGAAGAGCUGAGGAGAAUGGAGGAGUUGCAUAACCAGGAGGUGCAGAAGCGCAAACAGCUGGAACUCAGGCAGGAGGAGGAACGCAGGCGCCGCGAGGAAGAGAUGAGGAGGCAGCAGGAGGAGAUGAUGAGGCGACAAGAAGGAUUCAAGGGCGCCUUCCCUGAUGCGAGGGAGCCACCAGAUAUGCGAAUGGGGCAGAUGGGAAUGGGAGGUGCGAUAGGCAUGAACAACCGAGCGACCAUGGGAGGCACCACUGUGCCAGCAGGACCCCCACCUGCUGCUGGUCCUGGGCCAAUGAUUCCUGACGGUUCCAUGGGAAUGACUCCGCCGCCACCCACCGACCGCUUUGGCCAGACCACUCCAAUGGAAGGGCUCGGGACUAUGGGAGGAAGCACACCCGCCUUCAACCGAGGAGCUCCUGGCGGGGAUUUUGGUCCCAAUAAACGUCGCAGAUACUAAAAAUGGGAGAGGGGGUUGCCCUGGCGGUUCCUUGGAAAGACCCCCCCAGGGCUGUCUUUGGGCCCCGGGGGCCUGGCUGUGGCAAAGGGGCUCCCAGCCAGAUUGGUCCAGGGUUUAGGCGACACCCCAAGGUGCAUUCCUGCAAAGCUCAAUGUGAAAGCGGAUCCCAGGAGGCUUCAAAUAGCUGUGUAGUGUGUGUGUGUGUGUGUGUGUAUGUGUGAGGCCAGGCUUAGGACCCUGAUGUCUCUCCCAUUCCCAGGCACCUCAGCACAAGCCCUCCAUGGCCGACUGGCCGUCAUCAGCCUCCAAAGGCCUUCUCCAGAGAACCGGGGCAGGGUCUGGGGGGACAGUACAUGUCUGUAGCCUCAAAGAGCUUAUCAUGUAGGGGAGCGGGAGGGCUGGGGGGGGAGUUAGGUUUUUUUUAAAUUUGUAGCUUCUUACUUUUCUUUCUCUGGACCAUUUUUCUCCUCCUUUUUUGGUAGCUCACUGGAGGGCCAUGUAGUGGUUGGUGGUGCUGGUGAUCUGGGGAGAAUUAUUCAAUGUGUUGUUACCCUUCUUUUCUUCCCCCCCCCCCUCAUUUUUUACUGGUAGAAAAAAGUACAAAACCUAUUGAAUGGAAAAGGAAAACGUUUCCUGUCGAAGACUGAAACAAGACAACUGUUUGUAUAACCCUAACUUUGCCUGUCUUGUGUAGAAGUAUGAGGCAUUUUUUCUUUACGUGUGAACCUGAGCUGUAAUCGUCCACUAACAGGUUGAGUUCAUCUGAAAGAUUGUUCCAGGAAUGCAUUAUUAAAAGGGAUUUUAAGCCUUUUUUCA